AACGCAGGAGGAGCCGCUUGCGUUCUCCAUUCUGAACGGCCUCGGACAGGCUGCAGUGGUGCACUGUGAGGGGGAAGGGGGAAAGAUGAAGGGAAAGCGUUGCAGGUAUAGAUGGGGUAGAGUGGGGAUAGAGAGGGAGGGUUUUGGUAGGGCUUGGAAAGCAGGAGUGGGUGGAGUUCCCCUCCCCAUCCUCAACGACCUCCGCCAGGCCGCGCAGGUGCACCCCCAGGUGCGCAAGUACAUGAGGAGUGUGAUCAAGCCGUGCAUGUUAAUGACGGACCUCUGUGAGACGCUCAGAGCAUCCAAACCCACCCACUCCCCCUCUCCCCGCUCUUGCCCCACUUCCCCCGCGCGCACCGCCCAGGUGCGCAAGUACAUGAGGAGGGUGAUCAAGCCGGGCAUGCUGAUGACGGACCUGUGUGAGACGCUGGAGGACACGGUGAGGCGCCUCAUUGCCGCCAACGGGCUGCACGCCGGCAUCGCCUUCCCCACCGGCUGCUCCCUCAACUGGGUGGCGGCCCAUUGGACACCCAAUGCAGGAGACAAGACAGUACUGCAGUAUGAUGACGUCAUGAAGCUCGACUUUGGCACGCACAUCAACGGCCGCAUAGUGGACUGUGCGUUCACAGUGGCGUUCAACCCGCAGUACGACCAGCUGCUGGCAGCGGUCAAAGACGCCACCAACACGGGCGUGCGGGAGUGUGGCAUUGACGUGCGCCUGUGUGACGUGGGGUGUGCGAUCCAGGAGGUCAUGGAGUCGUACGAAGUCACCAUCAACGGCAAGACCUUCCCUGAGGCCAUGGAGUCGUACGAAGUCACCAUCAAUGGGAAGACCUUCCCUGUGAAGGCAAUCCGCAAUCUGAACGGGCACAGCAUAGGGCCGUACCAGAUCCACGCGGGGAAGAGUGUGCCGAUCGUGAAGGGCGGGGAGGCGACGCGCAUGGAGGAGGGGGAGCUGUUUGCCAUCGAGACGUUUGGGUCCACCGGCAAGGGCUACGUGCGCGAGGACCUCGAGUGCUCGCACUACAUGAAGAACUUUGACGUGGGGCACGUACCUCUCAGGCUGCCACGUGCCAAGCAGCUAUUGGCCACAAUAGACCGCAACUUUGGCACAUUGGCGUUCUGCCGGCGCUAUCUGGACCGCUUGGGCGAGACCAAGUACCUCAUGGCGCUCAAGAACCUCUGCGACGCCGGAGUGGUGCAGCCGCAUCCGCCGCUGUGUGAGACCAAGGGCAGCUACGUGGCACAGUUUGAGCACACUCUCAUCCUGCGCCCCACCUGCAAGGAGGUGCUCUCACGGGGAGAUGAUGAUUUUUAG